CAAGUUUAAUGCUUCAAAGAAAGCAAAGCAUUAUUGUGAAAAACGAUUUCUGAAGUUCAGUGAAGUUAAGGUAUAUACAACUUGAUGUGUAUAAACCCAAUAUGAAGCAGAGAAGAGAGGGUUUUCUGGAUAUAAAUAAAUAAUUGAUAUUUGAGGAAAACUGGACUAUAAUUUGAAAAUCAGCAACUUUAAUGCAUCAAUUUAGGGUUCUGCUUGUGAUUGAGACCACUCAAGAAACAGCACGCUUUAUUUAAUCAAUAGUGUAAAAGGAGGGGAGUGACCUUGGUCAUUUGCUGUGGUUUUGCUUUUUAUUAUUUUAAACUCCAGGGCAUGAGAUGAAAGUCACAAAAUGUCUUAAGUAUUCUUGUUUGUAUUCUUCAUAGUGCAGGGUGUAGCAUUAUUGAAGACUGUUGUUCAUUAUGUAAUUCUUUACGAUGCUGGAAGUGAGCUUGGCUCCACACUCAUUUGAGUCUCUGAAGGCUUCCUCUCACGUCAGCAGCCUUUGUUUGCUCCUUUUAUCACUGAUAUUGCCUUGUAACUGGCAAAGUGUCUCUAGGACUGAAGGUAUAUCCCAAGGUAAAAAGGGGAGACCCAGUUUGAACAAGAUACUUAAAUACCUUGCAGAAGUUUCCAGACAAUUUCUGCAUGUAUGUACUUCUGUGAUUUUCUUAAAAUCAAUACAAUGUCCAUUUUUUCUUUUUUUCUGUCCUCUUCUUGUCAGGAAUCUAUUAAGUGGCUUCCCAAGUCUCCUAAGCUGUACAGUGGCCGUAACUGGAGCUCCCAGGGCUCUCGCUGGACCUCAUUAAAAGGAAAGGAAGGCUUUCAUGGUGGUAACUUGUACAAACUCAGCUCUGCCAAUGGGAAAUGGAGGGAAGGAAGGAUCAGCCCUGAGCAAGAAGCGGAAGAACUGGAGGAUCCUGAUGAAGACGAACCUAUUUCCAAGUUUUCUGGCAGCCUCUUUGAUAACGAUGUUCAUUUAAAAGAUAAAAGAAAUUCCAGAGCGGCUCUUCAAGACAGGCACAAGUCAGCAACGAAGGGGAGAACUGCUCCAGGGACAAACAGCAAGGCGCAGGCCCCUGUCUCAGCAGGCAGCUUACCUGGAGAGAGCAGCAGUUUUCUGGAGGAAUCCAGAACUGCAGAUGGGACACAGCCUCCGCUUAAGAUAACCAUUACUGUGUGCAGUCAAAUGGGGAGUCUUGGUAUUAGCAUUGCUGGUGGAAAGGGCUCAUCUCCAUAUAAAGACAAUGAUGAGGGAAUUUUGAUUACACGACUACCAAAAGAUUGUCCAGCAGAUGUGGCUGGGAUGCAAGCGGGAGAAAGAGCGGCAGAGGGAUCCCUAAUUUCAGAACCCAACACACAUGAUGCUGGUCCUACUGAAGCUUCGUCUAAAGGCAGCCCCUUCCAGCCAUUAAACCAUGUCAUAACAAUACCUCGAAUAAUCCUCACGCGCCCUUCGACCUCUGAUGAAGAUACUGACCAGCUGCCCCCAGAUCCAGAUGACUUUGAGAUGGAGGAGCCUGAUGGCACAGAAUGCCGCACCUACUCGGACUGUCUGAACAGUGCUUUUUAUCCUCCCUAAUAAAGUACUUUUUGGGAAAGAGUUUGUGAUGAUUAUUUUUUUUCCAAUUGUUCAACGGUAUUUAAUGUAGUACUGGAACCACUAUGCCUUACUUGUAGGUAAAACUGUAACAGAGGAUGGAUUUGAACUGGGGCGAGGGGAGCACAACCCGUGUUUGUGUCUGGUUGCUUUGAGCUCUCCUUUGGCCAGAACCUGAAUGCUUGAAGCAGCGUGCUCUGCGUGGGGUGGUGUGAAUGUCCCCACGUGCUGCAAUGCCCUCCUGUAAGUGCGUUCUGUAGCAGCUAAAAGCAGUGACGGAAACCACAGAUGAUUUUCUACUCAUCUGGAAACAUGGUGAAAACCAUUGUGUAUGUUUGUGUAUAUAUGUAUUUCAAAUCUUGUGUCCAGUUUGUGUCUCUAUGGCUUUUCUACCUGCAGGUUCCUUUGAAC